CGUCCUUAUCUGCCAACAGCAGAAGUAGAGCAACAGGUAUGGGGCAGGCGUCGUUCUGGUAUAGGCAGACGUCACUUGUAGUUUGUCGUUUGGUGGGACAGUCACCAGAACAUUUCGUUUGGUUCUGGCAUUGAGAAAAAUGUUGUUUUUGAUUGGUUUACUUGUUGCUGCUGGAGCAGUAGCAGCUGACGUGGGAUCUGCCCACGUGAUCAUAAAGAACAGCCCACCGAUUCUGUCUUUCAAACUCUCAGGUGGUGCAAGCGAUGUCAAUGACGUCACUUUUCAUUACGUCAUCAAGCACGUGGCCUACCAAGGACGCGGUGUUUCAACAACCGAAGGUUGGGUGUUCCAGGUUCGUGACGUCAGUCUAGACGGCGCCGACGCCAUCACCGCCUAUGCUGUUCUCUACGACAGCAACGGCAACAUCCUGGAGACGACGCAGCGGUCGACACUCACUCUACACUCUCAAGGACCUGUUGCUCAGCUGUCGUCUGGUCGUCGUCUGCGGGCCGUGAUAUUCAGGGACGACUUCAACUCGUUCGACCGUUCCAAGUGGACCCACGAGGUGUCUAUGUUCGGGGGCUAUAACGGAGAGUUCCAGGUCUACACCAACGACCACAAAAAUGUCUACAUUAAAGACGGACAUCUCUAUCUGAUGCCGAUACCAACAGUCAGUGACACCAGAUUCGACGAGAACUUUCUACACAACGGACACAUGGACAUGCAAACACUGUUUGGCGUCUGCACGGAGAGCGGCAACAACGGUUGUACCAGGGACGGCAGGAACGGUUUCCUACCCCCCAUCAUGUCCGGCAAGGUCGAGAGCAUCCCCACCCUGCGGUACGGCACUGUCGAAGUCCGGGCCAGGAUUCCCCGUGGUGACUGGUUGUGGCCAGCUAUUUGGAUGCUCCCUAAAAACGAUCACUACGGACAAUGGCCUCGUUCUGGCGAGAUUGAUAUUAUGGAAUCAAUAGGUAACGCGGGAGACAUUGGCGUUGGCACCGUGACCAGCACGCUCCACUGGGGGCCGUCUGCUGACCAGAACAGGUUUUCUUUGACUCACGGAGAAAAGAAAAAUGCCAACUGGCACACUAACUACCAUGUGUGGAGACUGGAGUGGACCCACGAUCACAUUAUAACUUUCAUCGACAACCAGCAGAUCAUGAGCGUGACGCCCCCUGCCGGCGGGUUCUGGCAGAAGGGAGGCUUCUCUGGAAGCAACCUCUGGGCGUCUGGCAGCAAAAUGGCGCCCUUCGACCAAGAGUUUUACAUGAUGUUCAACGUGGCUGUCGGCGGUACCAGUGGUUUCUUCCCAGACGGCAACCACUACGGUGGCGUCACCAAACCCUGGAGCAACAGCCAGCCCCAGCCCGUGGCCGCCGAAAACUUCUGGAAAGCUCAUGGCGCCUGGCAGCCGACUUGGCAGGGUGAAAACGCCGCCCUCAUCAUCGACUACAUCCAGUUUACUAGUUUGUAAUGUGGGACGGGAAAUUAAAAUGUUAUGACAAUU